AUGGCUAUCCAGGCGUCGGGAAAUAAUGAUGAACGAGCAGCAUCUCCGAGGCACCUUCUCGCAUCGAUACUGCAUCAGCUGUUUUUUGAGGAGCCUGCCCUAGCUCAAAAAGUGAAGACGAAGUAUGAGAGGAUCUCAGAUAGGGUUCUAGGCUCGAUUUGGGAUCUUUGGAAGAUCUUGGCGCUCGUCUUGGAGUCGGAGGAGCUCCAUUCUCGUCGUCUAUAUAUCGUCGUCGAUGCUCUCGACGAAUUGGAUAGAUCUUUAUGGAGGUCCUUUCUGGAGACUCUUCGAGACACUGUCAAGCCCUGGAUGUCUGGGAUCAGAGUACUUCUCACUGGCAGAGCCGAACCGGAGCUGGAGGCUAUCCUGUCCUCUUGGAACAUAACGCAGUUGGCAGUGGAUGGAUCUUCCGGAAGCGAAGAUGACCUUACCUUGUAUGUUCGCAGUAUUGUCCGCGAUUACGGGGUGGAAAAUUCCUUUGAUGACGAGAUUAUCCAAAAGAUCUGUACAGAGAUGCUACAGCGCGCUGACGGGAUGUUUCUCUGGGCAAAUCUCGCCUGGAGCCAUUUCAAAGAUGGCGUAGGGAACUGGACAAGGAUAUCCUUCGACAAAAGCUCGAAGAGUUACAAAUGCUACCGCCAGGGUUGGAAAACCUCUACCACCGACUAA